GCGUAUUCUGCACUCUAAAGGAGAGUUGAGUGAAGAUCGACACAAGCAGUAUGAAGAAUUUGCAAUGUCCUAUCAGAAGCUGUUGGCAAAUUCACAGUCUCUGGCUGAUCUGUUGGAUGAAAAUAUGCCGGAUCUUCCCCAAGACAAACCAACACCAGAGGAACAUGGGCCUGGCAUUGACAUUUUUACCCCUGGCAAACCUGGAGAAUAUGACCUGGAAGGGGGCAUCUGGGAAGAUGAAGAUGCUCGAAAUUUCUAUGAGAACCUUAUUGAUCUAAAAGCUUUUGUGCCAGCCAUUUUGUUUAAAGAUAAUGAAAAAUGUUCUCAGAACAAGGACUCCAGCAAGGAUGAAUCUAGAGAUUCAAAAGAUGCCAAGGAUAAUAAGGAUGUUGCUGGUAGUGAGGACUUGGACUUGGAUAUGGAGAAUUUGGACAUUAAUUAUGAUAACUUGGAGUUAGACUGUGGAGAUGAAGCAGAAGAUCUCACAAAAAAGCUUCUUGAUGAGCAAGGUAAAAGCAGAGCUGAUAAACAUUUUUAGGGCUACUGUAUUGUGUUUUAACUGGGUCCUGGUGUUUUUUCAAUUCCUUGUAUUAAUGUGGAGGGAUGCUUUUGCUUCUUUUGGGCAACGUCUGUAGUAGCUAGAAGCAGUUUUGAGCAAGGUCAUUCCUUCCUCCAUCCUUUUGUGCUCAGCAGGCACUUCUAACAAAACAUUCAAUAAAGAGAGAGAAGAAAUAAAAGUGCUCUGCAGAAAGAAGAGAAAACUGGUCCAAAACUGCUAAAGGAUAAAAAUAGAAAUAACAACUUCUCCUGUUCAGUAAAGACACUAAGAUGGUUUAGUAACCACUAUUUUUAGGUUUGUGUGGUGAAGGUUAAGAGAUACCUUUGUUACUACUUUGGCAUUUGAUUGAAUUGUGAAAAAGACUAAAUGUAGAGGCAGCUCUACUCAGAAAAGUGAC